CGUUCCUGGUAUCUGCGCUUGUUCCCUGAAGGGGGCGAUCGUGCGAACCUCCUUUUUCCUCAACACAACGUUCUUUUGCCUUGCAACGCCAGAGGAGUCUCUCGCUAUCUUCUGCAAUACUGUCGUUUCAUAUAGACAAUCCUUGUUGUUAAGCCACAAGCUUGACAAAAUCCGUCAAUAUGCUCUCUGCCACGGUCUCUCUCUUUGGCCUUGCGCUUGCAAGUCUCUCCUUUGCGCAGACUACCACCCGUUCUCUCUUCAUUCCCGGAGCUGAUUCUCAAAGUCUCAUUGGCUCUAUUAUUGGAUCUGACUUGGCUGCAAUAACAUACGCACUGCAAUGCGUGGACCCUGAUCAAUGCGGCAUCGGUGGAGGCAUCACACUCACAGAAGGGCCCUCGACAGCAGCAUACACAAUGGCAGAAGGAGCAGCAUUUACUGCCCUCUAUGACUGUACUCUCGCCGGAACUUCCUCUGCAGUCUGCUUCGAAUCUAAUGGCGGAAGCGAAGCCAAUUCUCCCGGCUCAAGCACCUUGACUCUCACCGGGACGGACUACACAUUCAUGCCUGUGACCAUCACGGGCAGUGCGGGGGCUGCUUCGACGAUCAAUUCCGAAAUCAAAUCGGGACCUAGCUUUACCACACCAACAACUACGAAUUUGAAGACUUCACAGACUGGUGCUACGACGUCGAGUAAGGCGAGCGGAUCUGGAAAUGCUGCAUCUCAGAGCAGUUCGACGGAAACGAGCAGUAGUAAGGCUGGUGGGCCUGCUAUUACAGGAAAUGCGGUGUUCGUCAUGGGCGCGGUAGCAAUGGCCGUGCUUGCAUAAAAAGGGAGAUGCUUGGACGGGCUCGCGAUUCAAAUAAAAAGAGGCACUAAAUGUACCAAAUCAACUGGGAAAUUUAAAUGGCCACCCAUCUUUGUUCCCUCACGUUCUUAUACAUUCAACACUUCGAAAGUAUCUCGGAACGGCACCCCGCGCUUUCAAUGUCACCUCGAUUUUACCCAAUCAUGAGGACUGUGGGUUUGGACAUUGUGGGAUGUUGGUUGAUGAAGUGGAAAUUUAA